AUGUGUGCGCUAUUCAAUUGCGUCACAGGUGUGUUCAAUUGCGUCACAGGUGUGCGCUGUUCAAUUGGGUCACAGGUGUGUAUUGUUCAAUUGUGUCACAAUUGUGCACUGUUUAAUUGUGUCACAGGUGUGCGCUGUUCAAUUGUGUCACAUGUGUGCUGUUCAAUUGUGUCACAUGUGUGUGCUGUUCAAUUGUGUCACAGGUUUGCACUGUUCAAUUGUGUCACAGGUGUGCGCUGUUCAAUUGCGUCACAGGUGUGUUCAAUUGUGUCACAGGUGUGUUCAAUUGCGUCACAGGUGUGCACUGUUGAAUUGUGUCACAUGUGUGCACUGUUGAAUUGUGUCACAUGUGUGCGCUGUUCCAUUGUGUCACAGGUGUGCACUGUUCAAUUGCGUCACAGGUGUGCGCUGUUCAAUUGCGUCAGAAGUGUGCGCUGUUCAAUUGUGUCACAAGUGUGCGCUGUUCAAUUGUGUCACAAGUGUGCGCUGUUCAAUUGUGUCACAGGUGUGCUGUUGAAUUGCGUCACAAGUGUGCGCUGUUCAAUUGUGUCACAAGUGUGCGGUGUUCAAUUGUGUCACAUGUGUGCUGUUCAAUUGUGUCACAUGUGUGCGCUGUUCAAUUGCGUCACAGGUGUGCACUGUUCAAUUGUGUCACAGGUGUGUUCAAUUGCGUCACAGGUGUGCACUGUUGAAUUGUGUCACAUGUGUGCGCUGUUCCAUUGUGUCACAGGUGUGCACUGUUCAAUUGCGUCACAGGUGUGCACUGUUCAAUUGCGUCACAGGUGUGCUGUUCAAUUGCGUCACAAGUGUGCGCUGUUCAAUUGUGUCACAAGUGUGCGCUGUUCAAUUGUGUCACAGGUGUGCUGUUCAAUUGCGUCACAAGUGUGCGCUGUUCAAUUGUGUCACAUGUGUGCUGUUCAAUUGUGUCACAUGUGUGCGCUGUUCAAUUGCGUCACAGGUGUGCACUGUUCAAUUGUGUCACAGGUGUGUUCAAUUGCGUCACAGGUGUGCACUGUUGAAUUGUGUCACAUGUGUGCGCUGUUCCAUUGCGUCACAGGUGUGCACUGUUCAAUUGCGUCACAGGUGUGCUGUUCAAUUGCGUCACAAGUGUGCGCUGUUCAAUUGUGUCACAAGUGUGCGCUGUUCAAUUGUGUCACAAGUGUGCGCUGUUCAAUUGUGUCACAAGUGUGCGCUGUUCAAUUGUGUCACAGGUGUGCUGUUGAAUUGCGUCACAAGUGUGCGCUGUUCAAUUGUGUCACAAGUGUGCGGUGUUCAAUUGUGUCACAUGUGUGCUGUUCAAUUGUGUCACAUGUGUGUGCUGUUCAAUUGUGUCACAGGUGUGCACUGUUCAAUUGCGUCACAGGUGUGCGCUGUUCAAUUGCGUCACAGGUGUGCACUGUUCAAUUGUGUCACAGGUGUGUUCAAUUGCGUCACAGGUGUGCACUGUUGAAUUGUGUCACAUGUGUGCGCUGUUCCAUUGUGUCACAGGUGUGCACUGUUCAAUUGCGUCACAGGUGUGCACUGUUCAAUUGCGUCACAGGUGUGCUGUUCAAUUGCGUCACAAGUGUGCGCUGUUCAAUUGUGUCACAAGUGUGCGCUGUUCAAUUGUGUCACAGGUGUGCUGUUCAAUUGCGUCACAAGUGUGCGCUGUUCAAUUGUGUCACAUGUGUGCUGUUCAAUUGUGUCACAUGUGUGCGCUGUUCAAUUGCGUCACAGGUGUGCACUGUUCAAUUGUGUCACAGGUGUGUUCAAUUGCGUCACAGGUGUGCACUGUUGAAUUGUGUCACAUGUGUGCGCUGUUCCAUUGCGUCACAGGUGUGCACUGUUCAAUUGCGUCACAAGUGUGCGCUGUUCAAUUGUGUCACAAGUGUGCGCUGUUCAAUUGUGUCACAGGUGUGCUGUUCAAUUGCGUCACAAGUGUGCGCUGUUCAAUUGUGUCACAGGUGUGCUGUUCAAUUGCGUCACAGGUGUGCGCUGUUCAAUUGCGUCACAGGUGUGUUCAAUUGUGUCACAGGUGUGCACUGUUUAAUUGUGUCACAGGUGUGUUCCAUUGCGUCACAGGUGUGCACUGUUGAAUUGUGUCACGUGUGCGCUGUUCAAUUGUGUCACAGGUGUGCACUGUUCAAUUGCGUCACAGGUGUGCACUGUUCAAUUGUGUCACAGGUGUGCACUGUUCAAUUGCGUCACAGGUGUGCACUGUUCAAUUGCGUCACAGGUGUGCACUGUUCAAUUGCGUCACAGGUGUGCACUGUUCAAUUGCGUCACAGGUGUGCACUGUUCAAUUGUGUCACAGGUGUGCGCUGUUCAAUUGUGUCACAGGUGUGCACUUUUCAAUUGCGUCACAGGUGCGAACUGUUCAAUUGCGUCACAGGUGUGUACAAUUGUGUCACUUUAGUAUUUCCGGCAGUGCAAUGGCAGCUUUACGAAUGUGUGUUUGUGUGUGUGUUUUGAUUAGUCCAGAGCGGGUGUUGCUGACACAACAGGUGUGGUGGUGCGCCUGUAGUUACCUGCGUGUGAAGAAGAAAAGAUGUUCGUCUGCAUUUGUGAAAGAUGAUAAAAGUAGUUUCCUUCCCAACAGCCACUAGACAUGGAAAGAAGGUGAUGGUGGGUGAGUCCCGGCGUUCAGCAGCUGAACACAACAUUUAGUCAAAGUCAGGUGGAUUGUUCAUGUGGUCAUUUCCCAACCGACCAGGUGGAUCCAAGGUCAAACUUCAAGGUUGUCUCAAUGUACUAAUACAACCUUCUUUUAAGGUCACUUGUAGAGGACAUGUGGUGAAAUUACCCUCUGCACUUGACCCAUCACCCCCUGGGAGGUGAGGGGAGCAGUGAGCAGCAGCGCCCGCUAAUCAUUUUUUGGCGAUUUAACCCCCAAUUCCAAGCCUUGAUGCUGAGUGCCAAGCAGGGAGGUAACGGCUCCCAUUUUUAUAGUCUUUGGUAUGACUCGGCCGGGGUUUGAACUCACGACCUUCCAGUCUCAGGGCGGACACCCUAACCACUAGGCCACUGAGCAGAAUGUACAUAUGACCGACAUCGCCCCACAAAAUAAUCUCUCUUUUUGAAGACAUCACACUAGAGCAGUGGUCCCGGCUCGAUUGGUACACCUGAAUAAACCCCGCAGAAGAAUUAAAAAACUUUUUAAAAAAAUGUUAAAUCAACAGAAAAAACACAAGAUACACUUACAAUUACUGCACCAACCCAAAAAAACUCUCUUUUUCAUGAUCCCCCCAAAAAGAGGGACAAAUCAUCACCUCCAAUGGGCUCACCACUCAUUGGAGGGGCCAUAGAGGUCGGGUGCAUUGUGAGCUGGGCGGCAGCCGAAGGCAGGGCACUUGGCGGUCCGAUCCUCGGCUACAUAAGCUAGCUCUUGGGACGUGGAACAUCACCUCACUGGGGGUGAAGGACCCUGAGCUAGUGCGCGAAGUGGAGAAGUUCCGGCUGGAUAUAGUCGGACUCACUUCGACACACAGCAAGGGCUCUGGAACCAGUUCUCUCGAGAGGGACUGGACUCCCUUCUACUCUGGCGUUGCCGGCAGUGAGAGGCGACGGGCUGGGGUGACAAUUCUCGUUGCCCCCCCGGCUCAAAGCCUGCACGUUGGAGUUCAACCCGGUGGACGAGAGGGUAGCUUCCCUCCGCCCUCGGGUGGGGGGACGGGUCCUGACCGUUGUUUGUGCUUACACACCAAACAGCAGUUCAGAGUACCCACCCUUUUUGGGUACAUUGUGAUAAAAGUCAGACUUUUUAUGACAAAUGUCACCGUUUUGCAUUAAAAAGUAAUCAUUUCACAUAAAGUCUUCAUUUUACAGGAAAAUAUGACAAUGUUACAUAAACAGAAAGAAUAUGAGAAAUUGUUCCCAAUUUUAUAAGAAAAAAGUCGCCACAUUGUGAGAAAAAGACUGCUAUUAGUACAUUGUAUUUAUUUAUUUAUUGUUUUUUAAUCAUUAUUUACUUCAAUUUAUUACAGUAUGUUUCUAUAUACAUUUUUCUUUUAUAAUUAAUUGUGGCCAAAGGGGGCGCAUUUCAAUUCCUUACACACACUUGUUAUUUCAUAUGUUGACCAGAGGGAGAGCACUUGGAAUUUUGACACACACUUGUCAUUUCAUAUGUUGACCAGAGGGGGAGCACUUCAAAUGUUGACACACACUUGUUAUUUCAUAUGUUGACCAGAGGGGGAGCACUUCAAAUGUUGACCAGAGGGGGAGCACUUCAAAUGUUGACACACACUUGUUAUUUCAUAUGUUGACCAGAGGGGGAGCACUUCCAAUGUUGACACACACUUGUUAUUUCAUAUGUUGACCAGAGGGGGAGCACUUGGAAUUUUGACACACACUUGUUUUUUCAUAUGUUGACCAGAGGGGCAGCACUUCAAAUGUUGACACACACUUGUUAUUUCAUAUGUUGACCAGAGGGGGACCACUUCAAAUGUUGACACACACUUGUUAUAUCAUAUGUUGACCAGAGGGGGAGCACUUCCAAUGUUGAAACACUCUUAUUUCAUAUGUUGACCAUAGAGGGAGCACUUCAAACGUUGAUACACUUGUUAUUUAAUAUGUUGACCAGAGGGGGAGCACUUGGAAUUUCGACAGACACUUGUUAUUUCAUAUGUUGACCAGAGGGUUAGCAAUUCAAAUGUUGACACACACUUGUUAUUUCAUAUGUUGACCAGAGGGGGAGCACUUGGAAUUUUGACACACUUGUUAUUUCAAAUGUUGACCAGAGGGGGAGCACUUCAGAUGUUAACACACACUUGCUACCCUCUGGUCUUCUUUCCGUACUUGCAACUUGCCAGAAGCCGAAGCGGGACGUUCGUCAUGCUAGCAGAUGCCAUGUGACCUUGGCCGUGUUGUUACAGAAGUGAUUGUGCUGUUCUGUAUCGUCCUGUAAUCAUAUUUGAAAUAAAGAUUCAGGCUUUGAAA